UAUUGAAAAAAAUUAAGAAAAAACGGUUUAGAAGGGAAAAGUCCUCAGCGUCCUGAUCUAAUUCUCGUCCAUUUUUUAAAUUGAAUAAAAAUGGCCGACAAGUUUGAUAAGGAUUCAGCUGAUCCUUUGGCCCAGGAACGUGGAAAAUGUUUAGAAAAAAGUGAAAAAGUGCAGAAGCUGGUGGGAGUUCUUCACGCCUGCGAGCAAAGGGUGCAGUCGAAGUCCUAUACAGCGGAAACCUGCAGCCAGGAAGUCGUCGAUCUUCUGCAGGCUCUGGACCACUGCGUCGGACCUAAGGCUUUUGCGAGCUUCGUUUGACAACUGUAAACUACAUUGUUCAAUUAAACUUUGAUAUGUA